GGCGACUUAGUAUGUGAUUUUGAUGUUCUUAAAGAACUUUUCCAAAAUGAAAUUGACCGUGGCAAUCUUCAAGAACAAAAAAAAUCAAAACAAAAGAAAGCAGUUAAUGUUGUUAAUUAUCAGCUGCUCUACAAGUUACCAAGUACAUUUGAUCAAUCAAUUCAGCAGAAACUAAAGCAUGGGGAAGAGAAAUUGCUCCUUAAUGAAUAUGCAACUUUUUCCAGGGAUCUGUCGAGGCCAAUAAUGUCUCUGACUAAAAGUCCAGACUCAUGUUUUAUUGCAUUUGUAGUAGAAAGAGCAAUGUCGAAAUAUCCUCUUGUUGUGAUUGCUGAUCCUAAUGAUCCAGGACCAACUAAGCGGCUUCUUGUUGAGAAGAUAAGAGCAAUUUGUGGUAGGCAGCGCCGCAAAGGAGGAGGGCAAUUGAGUACAAAAGGUGGACGUCCCCCAAAGGUGAAGGCUUCCAAUAUGUCAUUGAAAACAUUAGGGCCCGGAAGGAAUCACAGGGGUGUUGAAGAAUUUGAUGACACAAAUUUUGAUUGGCUAUCCUACCACGAAAAUGUUUUAAAAAUGUUUGAGCUGACAAACGAGUCUCCAACUGCUACUCCAGCUUUAUUGCAGCUUUGGAAAUCAACUUUUUCUGGUCGAAGAAGGGAGCUCGAAACCAAUGUGCUUCCUCAAGGCGUAUUCCCUGUUAUAAAUACCCGAUGCCCUAUUCUCAUACUACAACAAUGCUUACUGGAAGAAUUCGAUUUGAUAUGUGGACCGGGAACAUGCAGGAUCUUUCGAGAAAACUGGCUCAAGUUAGUUCCAAGUAUCAUUGAUAUUGCUGGGAAGCAAAAGAUUUCGAAUAAAGUUGCUAAAAUUCUACAUCGUUAUCGUUAUUUGGAUUCACCUGAUUUCGAAACUAGUUCUUGCGCAGCCCUAGAGCUGCUUCCAUCAUUACUGCCAACUAGAAAACUGAAGGAUUCCUGUAGAUUUUUCUUCGACUGCCAUGAGGACUCAGUUAAUUUGGCUGAAGCAAUAAGGAAGCCCCAUCGCGAGUCACCCUUCAUUCUCAAACACGGGUCUUCGUUCCAUAUCAUUGCUGAUAGCAAACCGUAUUUAUACGUUUCUGGAGAAUCGAUGGAGGCCAUCCUUUCCCUCAUAGCAACUUAUUAUGUGUUUCACUAGACCUACGCGAAGGAAGUGUCAACCACAUUACAGUUUAUUCAAAGUGAAGUGCUUGCUGCGGACGACCCGGAUACCAAAUAUGCAAAUUCAUUAACGGUAUUUGUCCAAAAUUUGCGCAAAUUAGCUGCAUGUAAUGCGGAGUAAAAUGUUCGUAGCUCGUGCUCGUUGUGUCCAUCCUGCCUCUAAUUAUGUCAAAUCGACCUGUUGAAUGUUAAUCCAGAUUGUUAAAGUGUGUUACUUUCGUGGCAGAUCUAAGUGCUGAUCGAGCGCGGAAUGUCAAAGCCUAAUGUAUGUUUCUUAUUAAACGGAAAUUAUAUC